CAAAUGUUUUCCAUUUUCGUGUAUAGGAACAUCUAAAAAUUCCAAAAAAAUUCGAAAACAUAUAUUACUUCCGAAGGAAAAAUAUUAAAUUAAAAAGAAUCAAGUAGUUUUCGCCAAAUUUAACGAAACUGCUUUAUUUUUAACUGCGGCACGUGUUUCUCUUCUGUGUAUAAUUAAAUAAUUGUUACACCUGCCACGCCGGUCUGUAGAGAUCUGAAGAAGAAAUGGCUAACAUGUUGGAAAAUCAAUUACUGACGGCUGCGCAAAUGAUUGAAAGGCAGUUGGAUCAACAAUUGGAUCAGCUGGACAAUUUGGACUCCGAUGACUUAAAAUCGAUACGAGAACAACGCCUCAAAGAAAUGAAAGAUCUUAACCGUAAAAAGCAGGAGUGGCUUAAAAAUGGUCAUGGGACAUAUACUGAGUUGGCCGAUGAAAAAGAAUUCUUUGAAGUUUCAAAAAAGUCGCCAAAUAUUGUGUGUCAUUUCUAUCGAGACUCCACAGAACGCUGCCGCAUUGUUGAUAUGCAUUUGAAAAUACUUGCAAGUAAACAUGUUGAGGCGAAAUUCUGUAAAGUGAAUGCUGAGAAGUCACCGUUCCUGACACAAAGACUUCGCAUAAAAGUGAUCCCAACCAUUGCAUUAGUUAAGGACAGCAAAACGAAGGACUUUAUAGUUGGUUUUACCGACCUGGGUAACUGCGAUGAUUUCUCGACGGAAAUGUUGGAAUGGCGAAUAGCACAAUCCGGUGCCAUUGAUUACAAGGGUGACCUUAUGACCCCACCGGACGUGAAAAAGAAGGCGUAUAUCAACCGUGUGAACAAGACUAUUCGCAGCGGAUAUGAUUCAGAUGAUUCUGACAUAGACUUCGAUGAUUAACAGCACUUCUAAAGAAGUUGGCAACUGCAGUAUCCACAGUGUGUCUUUAAGAAGGAUAGGGUUUAAAAAGCUUGCUUAGCAAAUUGUAACUCAUUCAAACCUAAAUUAAUAUAGAAAGUAAAAUUUAAUUGUAGAGGUAAAGUAACAAACAAAUCAAAAGCUUGAAGAAUACAACAUACAGCAAAAAUGCUUGAUUCCGAUUACGCAAUAAUAAAACAAGGAAAUUCAGGUUAAACCCAAAAAAGAGGCACAAACACGCGGUGCACUUUAGUAUUGUCCUUAGCAGGAGAAAUCAAAAAGACAACAAAUCAGUACAUGCGUAAUUUUUUUCAUUCACAAAUCUUUUUCUUAAGCCUACUAGAAUAUUGACAAUAUUUAUUUUUUAUACUAUUACAUAAAACUAACUGAAAUAUGCAUGAAAAACUAAAUUUAUUUUUAAGGAUUCAUCAAUUGUGUUCUUAAGUUUGGUUCAAGAAAAUAAAAAAAAUACUCUUAAACAUGCAA